AAUGGUUCAGGUGCAGCACGCUUUCGGUACCUAACUGUCAUGCCACCAGUUGGAAGCACGAGGAUUGGGAUUCUGCCUGGUUGCACAAGCUCAAUGGAAGUCGCGUGGCAGAGGUCGGAUUCGAACCACGUUCCGGCACCUCAAUCCGGGACAACAUCCAGCAUCAUCGACUACGAUGGCUCGGUCAUGUGCUACGCAUGCCGAAACACCGUCUACCGAGACGAGUGUUGUUCUCCGUGCCUCCUUCAGGAUGGCGCAAACCGCGAGGUGGACAGCACAUGACUUGGCAGAAAGGCGUGAAAGAGAUCAUGAAGAGUUUGGGUGUUGUUGGUGUUGUACGCCUCCCAGGAUGGGGUCCUCGUGACUCCGUCUGUGCUUGGCUGGAGACGUUGCAAGAAAUGGCGGCUGAUCGAUCUGCAUGUUCAUAUCGUCUCAAAUCCGAAGUUUCAAUGGGCAACGGCUCAUCUGCCAUAAGCGGCGAGCCACUUGAUCCCAAACUGCUCCAAGGCAGCUUACUGGUGGACCAAACCUUCAUGUACGACGUGACAUCACACCAUACAAUUCAACGGGCAUACUCUCAUCAGCAGAUUAUAAAAUUUUCUCAAGUGGAUCGUCAGAACGAAGGCCGUCUGAGACUGAACCAUAGAGCAAAUUUGCAGUUUUGUCUCGAGCGGCAUUUCCAGUUGACUGACCUGCUGUCGAACGCAUCGAUCCCAACCAAAUGCCGCCACCCAUGCAUACUUCGAGUCCAGCGCUCUCUGUCCGAUCCCAUUAAUAACAACCUUUUCUUGUUAACCGAACCCUGUCUUCCCCUUAAUUUCCUCAUCGCCUCUUGCACGGACGCGGAUCUGUUAUUGGGAGCACGUUCAAUCCUGAAUGCCUUGAACUUCAUCCAUACUAAUCUUUCCAUAUCCCACAAUAAUGUCCGAGCCACAAGCAUAUUUGUCAGUUCCGAUACAAGCUGGAAACUGAGUGGCUUUGAAUUCGCCUUACCAUUCUCAAAGAUGGACACUACCGUUGUCGAACUACUCGAGCGCUUAGUCAGCGAUAGUGCAGAACCAGAGGAGACCGCGCUCGCAUUUCAUCCGGCCUAUCCUUUUUGCUAUGACAUAUUUGCGUUUUCCCGCCUGUUUUCUAAUCUAGUCAAUAAAUAUGGGAAAGACUCAGAAUUGUUCAGCGACUUUUUACAAGUUCUACACAAAUCGUGCAUGCAUUCGCAACCACGGGCUCGUCUGCCACCUGCCCAACUUAUGGUUCAUCCGGUUUUUAGACAUCCACUUGCAUCAUCCGUCAAUUUCUUUGAGAAUUACAUGGCCUACUCGGACGAAGAAAAGGUUAAAUUUUUUCACUCCUUUAAAGAGAAAAUUGCAACUCAACUUCCAAUCGAGGUUGUUUGUCAGAAAUUAGUCCCAUUUUGCUUGCACAGUACCGUCUUCCUGGAUCCCCCGAGCCAAUUUUUGAUUGUGCAGCUUCUGUAUCCGUACAAUGAUUCCCAACGGCCAACUGCUAAUGUCACCCCGGGGAAUGAAAAUAUCAGCUGGUUGUCCUACACGGCUUUUAAAAGAUAUGUUUCUCCUCUGAUUUUGGGCAAGUUCCGCAUCCGGGAGCGGCAAACUCGUAUAACCUUGCUGGAGCGUUUCACUGGCUACGUGCACUUGUUUGAAACCAGUGAAUUAAGAGAUACUGUAUUACCUGAGGUUUGUCUCGGUCUUUUCGACCAACACAGUUUACUUUCACAACUCAGUAUACGGGCGUUGGGUGAACUUUCGCGGCUGCUGGGUGCCGUUGAAACACUGAAUGUUCUUCGUCAAACUGAAAUUCGGCUGACUCAUCAAGGCAUAUUCACCACCGCCAUAAAGCACUCCACAAACUCACAAUGGCCUCGGACUCACCUUUUUUCCGAGGCUGCACCCAAGAUUGGCCGUCAGCAACGCGAAUUGCCCGCUUCUGAAAAGCGACGCACCGAUGGUGGAACAUUGUCUCUAGCUCAGAUGGCUGCUUUGUCGGGCAGCUACGAACCGAAUUCAAAUCCAAUACUACAACAAGCAGCUUUGGAGAUACAGGCUUCAGGACAGCCUCAGAAGCUAUCUGGUAACGCCAUCAAACUGUCGGGAGCUCCCACUGUUCAUGAACCACACAGUACGGAACGGAACGACCUUCAUUACUCGGAUCAGACCGUGGUCAAUGUGAACAUUGACGUACUGAACACGAGCGAGGAAACCUCUACUGCCCCCUUCACAGUCAGUCAGCCAUAUCUCGAUGGCCAUCUUAUAGAAAAUGGUCCUAUUCCAAAAAGCCCUUUGACUGAACCGGUGAUGGCCAGUAUUCACCCUGGCGAACAACCUGCAGAGACGGCCCAACCAAGCCAAAAAUCUGUUACCAGUGUUUCACAAGCCUUGUCCAACGCGAUAUCGUCAUUGAGUGUCGCUGAUACUCGUAACGGUCAAGAAGACGAUGAGACUGCAGGAAACGACUGGGAUAACGAUUGGGACUUCGAUCCGUGACAUCGUCGAUGUCAUUCCAACCCGAUGGUGUUUUCAAAUUUGUACAAACCUAUCUAUUUCCUUCGUUUAACCGCUGCGUAGAUCGCAAAGCUCUCCGAACCGAAUUAUAUGCGUUUUCGAGUUUCCCGUCCCAUGAUGAUUGAUGGCUGUGUUAUUUCGACAACUUCCAUUCGAUAUUUUUGAAUUCCCGGUUAAAAAUGAACAAAAAUUAAACAAGUGUGAAAACAGUUACGUUCUGUUCUCGCUGCGUAGAUUUCCGCAGUUGCGUUUCUGUAACAUAACCUGAUUAGUUUUCCACACAAGAAAUGGAUGUGUUGGCUGGUCUCAUCUACCUUCGCAUUCGAUAAC